AUGUCUUUGAACACACAUCCCCCAGAAGCACUCCGUGAAGCUCUCACGGCGCUUGGAGAUGCACUCGGUGAUGAAAGGUACGCUCUUGUCGGUGGCAGUGCUUGUACAGCUCUAGGCUCCGAACGAGCAACCCAAGAUAUCGACUUUGUUGUUCCCAAAGGCCAAACUCCUUCUGUGAGAAAGAUAUUACGGAAUUCCCCUGCAUUUGAGGUUGAAGCAAGAACAUACCACACAUGGUAUAGGGCUGCUGAACCGGUAGAGAUUGAGAUCCUCGCGCCUCCCGCUUUGUUCCAGGAAACAUUUGAUGAAACCACUGAAGUGAUCACGGUUGGGAACUUGAAGGUUCUAAAGCCGGCUUUGCUUUUGAAUGCAAAGUGCGGGUCUAUCCUCGGUCGUGCCAGUGAAGCUAAGAAGAGAACGGAUGCUCAAGAUAUUUUGUUCCUUCUUGGUUACUGCGCUGAAAACCCCGAUCAGCUUCCAAAAGCUUCGGAGGUUCCAAAUGCGAGUAAAGACUUUGUUGAGGCAUUCAUUCAAAAGUACAGUGGUCAGGGAUCUUGGAUUGCAGCUGGAUAUGACUUGCAGAAUGGCUGCUUCACAAGAGAUUAG